CUGGACCUAAACACAGUAAACCGACACCUCUCUCUGUCUGAGGAGAACAGAAAGGUGACAUGGAGGAUAGAGGAGCAGCCGUAUCCUGAUCACCCAGAGAGAUUUGAGGACUGUGGACAGGUGCUGUGUAGAGAGGGUCUGACUGGGCGCUGUUACUGGGAGGUAGAGUGGAGUGGGAGAGAGGCUGGAAUAGGAGUGACAUAUAAAGGAAUCAACAGGAGAGGAGGGUGUGAUGACUGCUGUCUUGGAUACAAUGACAAGUCCUGGAGUCUGGACUGCUCUGACAACCGUUACACUGUCUGGCACAAUAAUAAUGCCACUACCAUAUACGUCCCCUCCUCCAGCUCCCACAGAGUAGGAGUGUAUCUGGACUGGCCAGCCGGCACUCUGUCCUUCUAUAGAGCCUCCUCUGACACACUGACCCACCUGAUCACAUUCACCUCCACAUUCACUGAGCCCCUCUAUCCAGGGUUUAGGCUUUGGGAAGACUACUUUGGGGUUUGGGGUGACGUCUCCGUGUCCCUGUGAAAAAUACCUUAACCACACACACACACCCACACACACUGGACACACACACUGGACACAGACACUGACACACACACACACGCUGGACAUACACACACACUGGACACUCACACACAUUCUGAACAC